GGCUGUCCUAGAGCAGAAAAAGUGGCUUGACUAGCCUACCCAAAAAUACCUUGGACGGGAUCGCGACAAAGUUGGCUGCCCACUCCCACCGCUCUCCGCAUUCUUUUCCGACCUUAGUACAGAGCUCGUCUGCUCCCCCGCUCGCGGCUCAACGGCUUUCAAGCUCGAUACGCCGAGUCAGAGAGCACAAGAUCAACACAGGCCGGUUUUUAUUUUGUGAAAGAAAUCCAACCCCCCUCCUGACAAGCAAACAUCGUCCGAGUUACCCAUUUUUGAGUGGACAGAAAUCUGCACUGCUUGGUUGUCACCUGACGGCCAGCUCGCCGGCGGGAUGGAAGAGGAAGAAGUCCUCCCAGGCGCAGCGACACACGACUCCAUGGCCUCGUCGUCAAUCUUGUCGGCGACGAGUCCGCUCGAGGCGGCGCACAGCUCCGACAUUGACGUUGUGCAGGCUUGGGAGAACUUACUCUCCGCUCCGGAAGAGCAUCACUUUGAGAAUGGGCGUCGCUACCACAUGUUCCGACAGGGACGGUACCCGAUACCAAACGACGAGGACGAACAGGUCAGGGAGGAUAUGAAACAUGCCAUGCUACUCGAGUUGACGGGCGGGAAAUUAUUCUACGCUCCUAUCGGCGACUCUCCGGAAAAGAUCAUGGAUAUUGGCACGGGAACAGGCAUAUGGGCAAUAGAUGUUGCGGAUGUGUAUCCCGGAGCGGAGGUCCUAGGGACCGAUCUUUCUGCGAUACAACCAGACUUGGUUCCCCCAAAUGUUCGCUUUGUCGUCGAUGACGUUGAGGACCCAGAGUGGCUUAAUGGCUCCAACUGGGAUCUGAUACAUCUACGGAUGGUCUCGGGCUCGUUGAUCGAUAUACAGGGAGUUUUCAACCGAUGUUACGAACACAUAAGGCCCGGAGGAUGGAUCGAACUUCAGGACAUGCAUGCCUUCCCGCAAUGUGACGACAAUACCAUGAAGCCAGACGACUUCUUGCUGGGCUUUUAUAAAUUGGUCCACCAGUCCUUUAAUGCGCGAGGCAUGGACCACCGGAACCGACCCAAGGAGAUGAAAAGCUACCUCCAGCAGGCAGGCUUUACCAACAUCAAAUGCAUUGUAAAGAAGACACCGGUCGGCCCCUGGGCCAAGGGUGAUCAGCUGCAGCGGAUCGGCGAGUGCAUGAAGUACGCCAUCUACGACCUGCUCCCGAGCUUGGUCAAGCCGCUCGAGGCCAUCGAGAUCUCGAGGAUCGAGGCCGAGGUGUGGUUCGUCAAGGUGAGGAAGACGCUGGAGGACAACUCCAUACAUAGGUAUUUCAACUACUACUUCUGGUAUGCGCAAAAGCCAGGCCCAGAUGAAAGGACGCCAACACAUCCCUGAAUAGCGGGGGAUGUGGUGCGAGGAAAUGGGUUUGGAAUGUUUUGUGUCUCAUUUUGAGACUGGCAUGAUCAAAAGGGCUGUGGGAGGCCGGUGGCGUGUCUUUCCUGUUUUGGCUUUAUUUUGGCGACAUCUUGGUGGCAUGGAUGGAGUUGGCGGCGUCCCUUUGGAUAUCUCGUUUUUGUUUCUCCUCUCUGCCUGGCCAUAUCAACACAGGUUUCCAAGGUUUAUAGUUGUCACGAAUAUGACCGCAUGGGAACAUAAACUUGGUACUACCACUUGC